GAGAGGGCUAAAAAAGCUACCAGUAUCCAACCCAAAUUUACGAGAGAAGCUGAACAAAUAUUGCAAAAAAUCAAGGAAUUAGAGACUACAAUAAAUGCUGCUCAAAUAGACAUUUCAAAGAAGAAAAACAAUGCCAAGAUACUUGAAGCUGAAAUGCAAGCGAGACGCAGACAUCUUCAAACACUCUCUGAUGCAAAUGCUCAAGAAAAGCUGGCAUUGAUGGAGGAUGCUACAAAGCUAAAGAAACUGGUCAAUAUCUUCAUCCAAGAUGUUUCACACAAAGAAGGAGAACUUCUAAAAAUUUGGCAAGAAGUACAGCAGACUGUAAAUGCAGUGAAGGAAAAAGAACAUAAGAUCCAUCUUUUGGAAACUCAGCUUCAGCAGCAGAUUCAGCAGCAUCAAGACAUGGAAGAGAAGCUAACAAGAAGCAGAUCAGAAUGCAUACAGCUGCAGGCAUUACUUCAUCAGAGGAGCUCCCAGUCUACACAACAGCAUAUUGCUAAAGAACUAUGUGAACAGGCUGAAAAACUCAGGCAAGUGCUCAAAGAAAAAAAGCUUUCAGCUGAUGAGGAUAAAUACUUACACAACAAGAUGGCAGAAAACUGUAGACACAGAACAAGGGAAAAUGGCCACUUACAAGCUCAGGUACUUGAAGCAGCCCGACAACUAAGCAGAGAGAGACAGCUGAGAGAGGAGGAAAGUAUCUCCCAUUCAAGAAGGGUAUCUGAGCUAGCAUGCGGGAGGGAGAGGACACGGCAACUUGAGAUGAAGCUCACCUACCUGGAGACCCAACUACAGGAUGAAAGACAGAGAAUUCUUAAGGCUCAGGAGCAGGCAUUUUGUCUACAGCAAGAAAAGAAAACUGUGGCUCAAAAUGAGCAAUUGCUUCAGUCACAACUAACAGAUUUAGAAAGGUGUCACUCUAAAGUUCAACUGGAAAAUUCCAAGCUGCAAUUAGAAAAAACUCAUUUAGUUGAACAUAUUUCUUACUUACAUAAACAGAUUUCUGAAAAGGAAAAGGAAAUCAAUUUUCUGUAUAGUCAUGUUAAUACGUUGUCCAGUGACCUCAGUAAUUUGAAGUUUGAAGGUGAGAAGACCUCUACUCUGCAGAAAGAAUGAUGGAAAAUGAGCUCUCUAGUAUGUUAACACCGAGCAGUGAAUCUAUGAGCCAAGUUUGAGAAUCAGUUAUUGACUGUCCUAUUUUAAGUACGUAAUUAAGUCAUUUUUCUAAAAAAUAGUCCCUUUAGAUGAAAAAUUGCACUUUAUACCAUGAUACAGUUCUUCUAGGACUAAUUACUACAAAGGAGUGUUCUGAGAUUAAUUAAACCAAAUCUUUUGUUUCAGUCACAACCUAAAGGAGAAAGGGCACUCAGCUUACUGGAGGCUGACUUAGCUUUAAUUUUUCUUUUUGUUAAUUAAAGCAUCUUCUGAAUUUUUCAGGAUUCACUAAACAAAGUAAGCAUCAUUAGUCAUCAGUUCUAAGUGAUGGAAUGGAACUUGCAUGGUAUUCUGUGGCAUGUAAGAAUGUUCAAAACAUCCAUGAAAUUAGUCACCAUCAUCACCCUACUUCCAAACUUUGGUUCCCAUUAAAAAGCCCCAAAGGGACAACUGUUGAUAACUGAAUGAUACUUAAAAGUAGGCAACCUUGGUUCUCCAGCUGAUGCUGAACUCCCAUUACCCCCAGCCAUAAUAAAUUGUGGCUGGGGAUGAUGGGAGUUGUAAUUCAGGAACAGCUGGAGAGUUAAGAUUGCCUGUACCUGCCAAAGAGGGAAGAAACUAACAUCAGAAGUUCCUUCAAUUACUAUCAUUUCUAGUUGUUUAGUCCCUGAAGAUGGCAAGAGAAGGAAAUUAGUAACUGUCACAGCACCCCAGUUCCUCAAAUCUCACAUGGUUGGUACCAUUCCUGAUAUAAUAUUCUGCCACUGCCCCAAGUGCUCAAAGAAAGCAAGUUAUACACAAUACAAGUUCUUCCACUUGUUUUCUAGAAAAUUUGGUAGAAAAGUCAGGCUUUUGAAAUACAGUAUAUACAAUCCCACAGCAGAACUGAGAGUCAGGAACAAAUCCUUUAGCCAUGCUGCUUUGUUUAAUAACCAAAUUAAAAUUGUUAUUUGGUAUGUCUUGUGGAAUUGGGUAAACAUUCUCAGGCUUUUGUGUUUGACAGAACUCUUACAAAGAGCUAGAUGAUGUAUGAUUAUAAGUUGUUCAGCAUAAUUAAGAGGUUUAUAAACACUUGUACCUUGCUCUACCAAGUGCUAAAAACAAUGUAAAAUAAACUAGUUUCUAGCAA